CGAUGGAGUCUGCUGGCCUCGGUUCUUUGCGUUCUGCACCUUCUUCUCCUUAGUAUGGCGUGCGUUUUGUGGUUGCCGAGGAUCCGAGAUCGAUCGAUCCUGCCGUCCUCCCGCACGGCGGCAACGGCAAGGAAGCAUGCAUGGGAGCCUUGCUCACGGGGGUUUUCCGGGCCGAGGCAACCUGUCGCAUUGGGCUGGCUUCGAUGCUUUGUUUCGGCGGUAGCCCAUUGUCUUUUCCUUGACACGUGGGGCGGCGACCGUUGGAAUUUGGAACCGAGCCGAUGCUCUUGGCGUGGUCCAAAAUCCCAAUAAAUCCACGCGCGCGCUCCGAAAUUUCGAGCCAAGAGCGUAAACUGCGUUGGGCGUAUCUGCACAAGUGUUUUUUCGAGGUUCUUCCAGUACUCCGUACUCCUAUAUUUCGUGACUCGUGAGGCAUUACCAAAAGGCUUCUCCGCGUUGCACUUGUGUUCUUGAUAGCAGUGAUGUAUCGUCAGUUUCAGGCUCCACCACCAAAAAUCUGCGGAUCCCCAGGCGGCCCUCCGGUCACCGGCCCAAGGAUCAAGCUCAGGGACGGGCGGCAUUUGGCUUACUAUGAGUCUGGUGUCCCAAAGCAAGAAGCAAAGCAUAAGAUCAUCUUCGUCCAUGGAUUCGACUCCUGCAGAUACGAUGCCUUGCAAGUGUCUCCCGAGCUAGCGCAAGAGCUCGGGAUCUACAUUGCCUCCUUCGACCGGCCAGGGUACGGCGAGAGCGACCCGCACCCUGCGAGGACCGAGGACAGCAUCGCUUUCGACAUCGAAGAGCUCGCCGACGCCCUCCAGCUCGGCCCCAGGUUCUACCUCAUCGGGUUCUCCAUGGGCGGCGAGAUCAUGUGGAGCUGCCUCAAGAACAUCCCCCACAGGCUUUCAGGGGUGUCGAUCCUGGGCCCCGUGGGCAACUACUGGUGGUCGGGGUACCCGCCGAACGUGUCGCGGGAAGCCUGGUACGUGCAGCUCCCGCAGGACCAGUGGGCCGUCCGCGUCGCGCACUACGCACCCUGGCUCGCCUACUGGUGGAACACCCAGAAGUUCUUCCCGGCUUCCAGCGUCAUCUCCUUCAACCCCGCCACCCUCUCCAGGGAAGACAUGGCCGUCCUCCCCAAGUUUGCUCACCGAACCUACGCGGGCCAAGUGAGGCAGCAGGGGGCGCACGAGAGCCUGCACCGGGACAUGAUCGUGGGGUUCGGCAAAUGGAGGUGGAGCCCGCUGGAGAUGGAGGACCCGUUCCCGGAAGGCGAGGCGGUGGUGCACUUGUGGCACGGCGCCGAGGACCUCAUCGUGCCGGUCGGCUUGUCGCGGUACAUCGCGGAGACGCUGCCGUGGGUCAGGUACCACGAGCUGCCAACGGCCGGGCACCUCUUCCCCAUCGCCGACGGCAUGGGCGACGUCAUCGUCAGGACGAUGCUGCUCGGGGACAACUGAAGUGAGUGUCAACAGUGUGCGACGUGGACGCAUACGGAGUACGGAGUACUCUGGUAGAAAAGGACAGCCUUGUUAAUUUUUUUUUUUUUGAAUCAGCCUUCUAAAAUAAUUGCACGCCGAGUCGCUGCACAUGCGUGUAUCGCGUGGCUCUUCUUUCAAAUCCUUAAACUACACGUACCAAACCAACGACAUGUGAUGUAUCCUGCCCAGGGCCACGAGCCAUUAAAUUCGUCGUCUUUGCACAGACGAAACAUCGUGGAGCCGGAUACAGUAUGUUAUCCUUGAUUUUGUAGGUCGUUUUAGCCAUUUCCUUUUGUUCAUGAAAAUGCACACUUGUUACAGGCACUUAUACAUACACACUUCGAAUGUUCAAA